GAUUUUUUUGUAUUGUUUUAACCACAAUGCUUGAAACAAAAAUAAAUCAAAUCGAAAAACGUUUCCUCUUGACAUGUUUUAAAGGUAAGCACUGUUACAUCCAUCUAUGGACAUUUUGCUGGAACGUUGGGCGGGUCGUGACGCUGAUAUAAGAAGGGCAGAUCUCAUUGUCUGUCAGUUUAUUGUCAUGAGGUUUUGUAAAGAUGCGGUUCCUCCUCCUGCUGAUCUGCUCCUCCACACACAUUGUUAGUGUGGCAGCUCAAGCCAAAGGUAAAGUUAUUCUGCGCGGUGGAGAGAACCCGUGCGAGGGUCAUGUUGAAAUCUACUACAACAACACAGCGGGGCAUGUGGGAGACAAACACUGGGACGACAACAUGGAGAAGGUGGUCUGCAGGACCACUCAGUGUGGGGUACCGGUGCCCGGUGCGACCAAAAAUGUCCAGAGGCUUGAGAACAGAACGGUGUGGCUGAAUGAACUGAAGUGCAGCGGGAACGAGGACAGUCUGUGGGACUGUCCAGGGUAUCCGGCUCCAGGCGUCAGCGUCUACCAAAAGCCCACGGUGAAGAUGAUCAAAUGUUCAGGUCAAAUCAAGAUAAGUCUUGAACCACAUGAAUGCCACGGAGUAGCAAAGUACUCUGUGAGCGCGACUCAUUCUGGCUACUUCUGCAAGGACAACUGGGGACCAAAAGACACCCAGACUGCAGAACUGCUGUGCAGAAGUGUUGGAUGUGGAGGUUUGAAAGAGAUCCCAAGAGCUCGGUGGGUUGACAUGAGCAAUUAUGAAAGAUCAGAGAAGAUGGGGGUGGAUUGUGCUGGCAUUGAUUCGGUGACCAAUCUGUGGCUGUGCGCCGGGAAACCCAACCAGUGCAGAGACCCUGUUGUUGUAACAUGUGAAGGGCACGAGAGGCUGCAGCUUCUAGGAAGUCCGACAAACGUCUGCUCAGGGCAGCUGCAGCAAAAGAAGACUAAAUGGGAAGCAGUGAGAAACAACAUAAAUAUCACUGAUCGUUUAUGCACAGAGGUGAACUGUGGUACCGUCAAAAACUACACAUAUGUUGAUCAAAACCUACACCUGACAUGCACAGACACAGUUAAAGUUGUUUUGAUGGACGGCAAGAGAGAAAGCAAAUGUUUCGGUCGUGUUCACGUGAACAGGAACGGUUUAAACCAACCGGUGUGCGGCGCUGGCUGGACUGCAGAGAAUUCACAUAUGGUCUGUAAGGAACUGAGCUGUGGAAAGUUAAUUGAAUGGACGAACAAAGCUCCAGUAGGACCAGGGGUCAUGGAUGAUGUCAACUGUUCGGGCAACGAGUCGUCUCUGUGGCACUGCAAGGCCCGGCACGGCCCACAGCUGACCUGUCAGCAAACGCCACACGUUAUCUGUUCAGGAAGUGUUAAGUUUAGUCUUGCGGACGGUCCUGGGAAAUGUGCUGGUAGGCUGGACGUCCUGCAUGGAGGCGAAUGGAAAAGGGUCGCUAAAAGCAAAUGGAAUGAGAAAUAUUCAGACAACAUCUGUCAACGCCUCAACUGUGGAAAGACAACCGGAGAAAACCAUCCUGAAAGGUUCUUCCAGGGUUCUGGAAGCUUUGUUUCCAUAGCGUGUGACCAAAACCAGCCUGAUAUUUCUGAAUGUGUUAAAUCUGAGCAAAACACACGAAAUGAAGAAGCUGUGGGAAUAACCUGUGAGAAUCAUGAAGUGGUUUUUCUGAAGGGAUCUGAAUCCUGUUCUGGAGCGGUGGGAAUCAGACAGAACAACAACACCUUCUGGCUCUCCGGGUCCAAUGAGACCUGGAACUCUGAGGCUGCAGAAACGCUGUGUCAGCAGAUGCACUGUGGCCGCCUCACCAAGUUCUCCUCCAGCUCUUCUGCUGGUGACAUUUCUGAUAUGAUCUUCAGAGCUUACCGCUGCUCUGGAAAGCAAAGGUCUCUCUUUGACUGUGACAAAGUGGAACUUCCUGACCACAAUGAGAACAUUGCUCAGGUGGAAUGCUCAGGAAAAAUCAAUGUAAGCCUGAGUGAAGGCUGCUGGGGAAAAGUCCGUAUUUUUGCAGAAGGAAAGUCUGAAGGUGUCUGUGCAGACUCCUGGACUGAGGAAAUGUCUAAAACUCUGUGUCAAGAAACGAGCUGUGGGGAAGCUGUCUUUAAAGCUCGCAAACUUCCCGCAAGGGAAGUUGUUACGUUCAAAAGUCUGCACACCGUCGGCAAUACUUCUAACCUGAGGGAAAGCACCUUUGUUAAAACGGAAAAAAGAGAAACGUGUGUCCCGGCCUACGUCAUCUGUGGAGGCAGAGAAAACAUCCGAUUCCGUCCUUCCCGGGAUAAAUGUUCAGGAGUUGUUGAGGCAUUCUAUGAAGGGGACUGGCUCCCCAUGAGCACGAAUGCUGCCAUAAGAUUUGGUGCUGACUAUGAUUUCUGUGAACACCAGAAAUGUGGUAAAUCUGAAAAUCCUCCAACUCGCCUUGGACUCCCACAUGACGGUGAAGCCAUCACCGCGAUAGACUGUUCAGGAGAUGGCUCAAAAGAUGCCUUUAAGGUGUGCAGCAUCAGUCUUACAAGAAACAGCGUUCUUGGAGUCCAACAAUGUUCAGACUGGAGGGAGAUAGUUCUAGAAGACGAUGGCUGUAAGGGAGAAGUGGCUGUUUACUCUCAAGCAGGAAGGAUGCUCGUCUCCAGCGAAGGUUGGACGGAGACAGAGGGGAACCGACUUUGUAAGGAUUUGCAGUGCGGCAAAUUCAAGACUAAAAGAGAAGUUUCAGGGGACGAUUCCUUCUGGAACAAAACCUUUAAAUGUGCAAAUGAUGGAAAGGCUGAAAGUAUUUGGGACUGUGAGACAGAAACUCCUCCUUCACUGCAGAGGAAGAAACUCUUCAUUGAAUGUCAAGGUCAGUCAAAGGUCAGCCUGUCUAGCAGCUGUUCUGGAGAAGUCAGGAUCAACUCUUCUCCAGUGUGCAAUCAAAACUGGGACACCGACUAUUCAAACAGGGUCUGUCAAGAACUGAACUGUGGCAAUGCCUUUGACCAUUCUGGAUUGUCUGGUAAAAAACCUGGACAUUAUGUCAGUUGUGACCAACACCACCAUGUCCUGGGUCAGUGUGGCAGAGUGGAGGGAACGUGCCAAAGCUCUGUUUCCAUCCACUGUUACAAAAAUAUUUCAUUUUCGACAUCAGAAAAUUGCGGAGGUCAUCUUAUAGUCAAUUAUGGAAAAAAGCGGGAAAAUGUUUGUGCUGACAAAGAAGCAUUAAAUAAAGAUUUGUUAGACACCUUGUGCAAGAUGAUGAACUGUGAGGCGAACGACAAGCCAACAAAAGAAGCAAUUCCAGAGACGACCCGUAGCUGGAAAAAGCUCCACUGUCCAGCAGAUGUCAGGGAUGUAAAGUACUGUGUGACCACACAACCUUGUAAGACAAACAAACAAGUGACUCUCCAGUGUAAAGGUUACAUACAAAGGAAACCAGAUCCCCCCCAAAAAAAACCAACUUCCGCUAUUGUCAUAGGGUUGGGAAUAGGUGUGGUUGUGUUGAUUCUAAUUGUUUUAUUUGUACGGAAACUGAUUGUCCGGAGGACUCAGAAAUCCAGAGUUUUACAACAAAUGUUUCCAGACAGAGAAAUUGAUUUUGACAGUGAAAUGUAUGAAGAAAUGAACCAACCAGAUGACAUGGAGGAGGACUUCAGACAGGACAGAUUCUUGGCCGAAACUGAGUUUGUGAAGGGCAAAGGUGCGCAGAGCUCUUCCUCUCUGCAGUACGAUGACGUGGAUGAAGUGACUGAGGCUCAUCCUCUGACCCCUAAAGAAUUAACGCCUGCUUCCUUAAGAGAACCCUACCGACAAGAAGGAGCUUCAUACCAAAGCGGUGAUGGAGUCACUUAUGAAGUGGAUGACCUGCCUGAGAAUUACGACGACGUUGGAGACAUCGCUGCUAAUGUGCAGACUACAACCGACGUCCACAACCAGCUUAAGGCCACACCUAGGAGCAGCACAGCGCCACCUGAAGGCCAACAGAGCGAUGAAGAUUACCUUGAGCCUGAUCAGAAUGGCUUUCAAGCAGUAUAUGUGAACUGGACUGAGUGACCCCCCCUCCCCCCGACAUUCCAAACAGGAAGUACCCCCUGGCUCCUUGAAGCCAAAACCCAAUAGACUUCUAUAAAGAAAUACACAACUGUUUUUCAGUCAUUCUAUUGGUCAGAUUAACAUUCUUGCUCUGAUACAAUUUUAUCACAUGUUCUUGAUAAUCAUAUUAUAUUUUUUCUGGAGUUCAACCUACAAACUGACCAAUCAGUCGCCUCACUACACGUGGGUGGUCUUGUGUAGAACAUUCAAAACGACAGACAGACAGCGCUUUUAGGUGGUAGGGGUGUGGCCUUCCUCCAAGCUCACUCCCAAUUUGCGAGAGUGGUUGCCAUAGAAACGUUGACUAAGACUAAUUCAGACUGUUUGCUGAUGACAGCUGGCGUCAACAUGGUGGCUUUCCUCUAGCGGAAAAAACAAAUGAGCUCGUUUGGUUGGAGCCAGAACUGAACCAUUUUCUAUGAGUGAUGUUGCACUUACUCAGUCUAGUUCUCAUAUUCAGGCAAAGGUUUCAAACUUUAAUUGUAUCAUUGGAUACAAUGGAAGUUAAAAAAAAAAACAUUUAAAAUGUAUUUCUUUUUAAUGAAUUUUUUUUUGAGGUGUAAACCUUCACAUAUUUUCUCAGUUUAAGCUUAAAAAACCAAACUAUAUUUUUUCCGAUCCAGGUUAGAAUAAAAAAGGAAUUGUUCACUCUUGGAUAAAAACAAUAAAAAUAGCUAAUAAAUGUUUGUGUACCCUGUAACAAAACCAAAUGUGUUUUAAAGACAUUGUGUUAGGUAUCAGUAAAUGUUUUAUAGUUUUUCUUUUUUUUUUAAAUAUAGCUAAUUUCUUGAAUAAAAAACUUAAAACUCA